AUGGGGUCUACCUCACCAGUCAACUUUCCCCUGAUUGACCUUGGCCCGUACCUCAAGAAAGGUGCAACCCCGGAGGACAUUGCAGGCGUCGUAGCCGAGGUCCGUGCCGCCUGCCAGCAGUUUGGCUUCUUCCAGGUCAAGAACCACGGUGUCCCUCUGGAUUCGCAGUACGCCCUGCUCGACGCGCUCAGAAACUUCUUUGGUCUCCCGGCUGAGGAGAAGGCCAAGCUGUCUUUCCUCGAGAAUCCUGGCAGACGCGGCUAUGAGUCAUCUGGCAUGACUGUUCGUGUCGGCGACAAAUUGCCUGAUGCCAAAGAGGCCUAUUACAUCGGCCGCGAGGAGCCCGUCGUCGUCCCUCCUGGCUUCCACUGCCCCAAUGUCUGGCCGUCUCAGCUGCCCUCAGACAAGUUCCGCGACCCGGUGUGGAAAUACUACGAGGAGACAGGCCACCUGGGCCGCACGAUCUGGGAGAUCCUUCUGCUCGGUCUGAACCAGGACCCCAAGCAGAUAAUGGACAAGUUUACGAGCCGCCCCAUCGUGCAGAUGAAGAUGAUCCGCUACCCGCCCUUCAGCACCACCUCCCCUGGUCAGUUCGGCGUGGGUCCGCACACUGACUUUGGCGGCGUGACUGUGCUCCUCCAGCAGCCUGGGAAGGGCGGGCUCGAGGUUUUCUAUGAGGAAACACAGGAGUGGCUCGCCGUGCCCUCGAUCGAGGAUAUCUACAUUAUCAAUUGUGGCGACAUGAUUCAGUCGUGGUCGGGAGGUGUGUAUCGCAGCGCCAAGCAUCGCGUUAUCAACCUCCCCGAAAACGGUGACCGGCUCAGCUGCGCCACCUUCUGGCACGGGGAUGUCGACGCCACAAACCCCAUGAACCCAGACGAUCCGGACAAGUCGACGAUUGGACAGCUGCUGUAUAAGCGGUUUGGCAGUCAGUUUUCGCUUCGCAAGGAGGUCUUCGCAAAGGCUUAA